CUGGCUGAUUGUCUGAUGCCCGUAUAAAACCGACGGCCCAGAUCUUCCCAUCUCGUAAAAUCAUCCGUUAUCGUUCGACUUGAAUUCCACAAACACGGAGAGAGAGACUCAGAUUUUCCUCUGCCACUGCACCACUUGACCCUCGACGCUGAAACCUCUUCUGGUGGUGGUGCGGGCGGUUCACAUUCUAGAGAGAGAGAGUAACGGAAGGGUGUUCGUGUUCUGUUGUUCUCUUCCAUUGGAUCCGACCCGGGUUCUCAAUAGUGUUAUACGUAACAAGAUGGUUGCGCAGGACUUCCAAGUUGAUUUGAAUAAAGCCCUCGUGUUUCAGGUUGGCCAUCUUGGAGAAGCAUACCAAGAGUGGGUUCACCAGCCGAUUGUUAGCAAGGAAGGCCCUCGAUUUUUUGAAAGUGAAUUUUGGGAGUUCUUAACCCGCACUGUGUGGUGGGCAGUUCCUGUCAUAUGGCUACCAGUUGUGUUUUAUGCCAUCUCAGUGUCCGUACGGAUGGGUCAUACAUUCCCUGAAGUUGCUCUGACAGUUGUUGCUGGGAUUUUUGUCUGGACAUUGAUGGAAUACACGUUGCACCGCUUUCUUUUCCACAUUGAAACAAAGAGCUACUGGGGGAACACUUUACAUUAUCUUCUUCACGGCUGCCACCAUAAGCACCCAAUGGAUGGCCUGCGACUUGUUUUCCCUCCUGCUGCGACAGCUAUUUUAUGCAUUCCAUUCUGGAACUUGGUGAAGCUGAUGUCUUCUCCUACUUUUGCUCCUGCUUUGUUUGGAGGCGGUUUAUUGGGCUAUGUGAUGUAUGAUUGCACCCAUUACUAUCUUCAUCACGGUCAGCCAACAAGUGAGGUACCCCGAAAUCUGAAGAGAUACCACCUGAAUCAUCACUUCAGGAUCCAAGAUAAGGGCUUCGGAAUAACUUCAAGCCUAUGGGACAGGGUGUUCGGAACACUUCCACAACCGAAAGCAGCCAAGAAAGUUUGUUAGGAUAAGCAAGUGAAGGGGAAUUUCGACAUUAAUCUUGUUUAUUUUUGCUGUCUCCUAAAUUUGUUGUACGCAUGAUUUAUUUACGUCUUCGGGGUGGCAUGGCAUGUGGAUGGAGGUGUCAAUUUUGGUGGUGCUGUCUUGUAUAAAUUAACAUGGAUUAUUGUCCCCGGAUUCAUUGCUUGAUUUAUGGAAGGAGACUUUCUCCUUGUUGUCUA